CGUAUUCUUACCGUCACUUGUCACCAUGCCUGUUCUAUCCGAGCCCGAUAUCGAAAAGAUCCUUGCCAUUCUACGGCGCUUUUCUCAAUACGAGCCACAGGCUGCUCCCCAAAAGGCGCCUGCGUAUGAGGCGGUCGCAGCGACCAAGCUGAGGGAGUUUGAUCAGUCCGAUGAGCCGAUAACUCUACUCCUCCCGGCGUUUCCUUGGAAGAACCCCAACACGGACAAGGUGUUGGGUGGAAGCCCCGACUUGGGAGAGGAGCUCGGGCUGGCCAGGCUGAAUCAUCUUUGCGAAGAGCUAGGGAGGAUUUACGCUCACGGGGCACACCUAAUCCUGGUCUCUGAUGGCCCUGUCUACAACGAUCUUCUCGGUAUCCCAGACACAGACUACUUUGAAUACGGGGUUCAGCUACGGGACCUAGCGAAGCGAGAGGGCCUCUCACAUAUCAAAUUUGUCCGCCUAGUGGACGUGCUCGACCUUGGCAACGGUGACGCCAUGUCCAGGGGCGAGCACCUCUCGAUGGCGGAGACCUGUCGACGAGAGAUGGAGCGGAGAUUCCUGAGUUCGAAUUUCAGUGUUCAAGGAGAAGUUCGGGCCCACCCCGACACCGCCCUGACGUACCAGAAGUAUCUCAAAUCUGCGCACGAAGACCUCUGCUGGGGUCCCGAAGUUAAUCCUGCCAUCAAACGAGAUGCUACCAAAUACGAAACCGAGACGCAGUGGAUCGCUGAGCGGAUGACACAGAGACUUUUGGCGUACGAAAAAGCCCUCGAACACAAGUUCCCGAGGGUGAUCAGGCUUUCCAUCCAUCGAUCAACGGGGAAAAACAAGAUUUCGGUGCCUUUGAUACCUCAACCUGGCCAUGAGUUCGGGCUCACCCCUUGGCACUCUGCCCUCUUGGUGACAGCCCAGGGAGAGUUCCGCACAAGACCAUCGAGCGAGCUGAGAGACCCGCGAAGGUACGAGAUCGUCAAGCAAAACGGAAAACCGUACUUUGUGCGGGAGAAACACCCCGACUUUGACUGGCCGGAGCACGUCAAGAUUCAUCACAAGUACGGGGGACGAAUCAUACUGGAGAACACAUCCGGGGAUGAGAGCAAGAAGCGGCCCAAUGAGGAGCUUGAGCUCAAGCUUGCCAACCUCGCACUAAGACCAGGCGGUCUGGAGGUUCGCGGGUUCAAGGUUUAGCGUGACGAUGCGGAGCUUCCAUCUCCUAGUUUCCUGUGGCCAAGUCAUCUGACACCCAGUCGCCGGUCAUCAUCGAUGGCGACAGGACGGGUAACGAUGAGGCUUUGUGCGGGGCGAGAUCCGGGAUACUGAGAAGUGGGAGCUCCGCACCGCCGCCAAGGUUUGACCCGAGUAUCUCGACUGGUUACCCGGUGCUGCGUGUAUCACAAUCAUACCGUUUCCAAACUCACUUUCGACUCGGCGUAUUUCCAAAUCUCGGUGUCCACCAUGGCCGGUCUUUUUUUCAGGGCCGAGUAUUUGAACCCUUUAUCCGUCCCCCAGGGAUCGUAAGACUCAUGACUCAAUAGAGAUUGGCGUCGAAGACGGAACCGUCACCUGUAAGUAGUCAUUUAGUUGGGGCUCAUGAAGGUUAAGCGUCACCUGGUAGUAGCCUGGUUCAGCGCAGUGUCCACAAAGCUAGAACUUCAUAAGCUUAUUUGCCAUUGGGAACUUGUGAUGUGCGUACCCCCCGCCUAAUGUACACCAAAUGCCGUCCCACAAUCUUUUUGUAAUAAGGCGCAAUUACUA